UGUGUUUAUUUGCUUAUUGUGUUGUGUAAAAUGACUGAUGAAAGCUGUUUUGUACAUUGCAGAUGAUGCUGAGGUGUAGUUAAGUCAUUAGGGAAAGAACUUGACAAAACCAGUUCCUGUAUCAUUUCCUGGCUUAUGAUGAAGAGAUCUGCUUUUGGACUUAAAGUUGCACGAGCUGCACAGAGAGUACGUUUGGCUGCAAGUGGUGCCAUGUUGCGGGGACUGCGUGUCAGUGAUGCAGCACCAGCCUGCCCGGAUCAGACUACAGCUGCAGUUCGAUCCCCUGUCAAGUGUCCACAAUUGGAGACUACCUCCUAUGACACUGACGUGGUUGUACAUUCCGGCCAGAAUAAGAGCAUCAGUGUACGUGUGGCGGACAUUCAGCCAGACCAGAUGGACAAUGUCCUCUGCCUGUUCACGUACAGCUGGGAAGUGAAGUACUCCACAUGGAAAAUCACGUCCUCCAACCUCGAGUGUGAGGCUCUCCAGUUUGAGUUCUCUGACGUCAUGUUGCCCAUAGUAACCGUUCAGUUCACCGUGACGAGUGGGAAGAACAGCGUUCCAUUGGAUAAUCCACAAAAUAUCAAAGUCCGCAUCUACAAGUGUGGUACCAUGGUAACCAACUGCGGUCAGUGCCUUAGUAUGGACCCGGAACACGAGUGUGGCUGGUGUGUGGGUGCAAGCCCCACAUGCUCCCUGCAGACUCUCUGCCCUGCCUCUGACUGGCUCGACCGCUCAGCUGUCUGUCCCAACCCUCAGAUACUCGGGGUACGUGUGGCCAUAAUGCAGGAGAUGAUGCCAAUGAUUCACCAUUAGAAGACAUGACGGUAACGGUGGCCCAGAACUCUGCUCAACUAGAGUUCUAGCAACAUUCUGACAUGCUCACAAACAACAAAACGUACUACCGGAUGAUGCUGAGGAUGUAGUUCAGUCAUUAGGGGGAGAGCUUGACAUAACCAGUUCCUGUAUCAUUUCCUGGCUUAUGAUGAAGGUGUGCCCUAUGUUAAAGGAAUGCUGAAGAGCAACAAAUAGAAACCGAUGACUUUGUAGAAGAUUCAUAUGAUUAUGAUAAUGAUGCCGAUUACAUCUCAUCAGAGGAAAGUGACAGUGAUUGUAAAGGCACAGUAUAUCCAGAACGAGACACAGUGAACAUAUACGUUGAGGAAAGUUUAAAUGUCAUACAAGGAGAUGGAGACAAAGAACAGGUUGAAAUAGGAAAAUCCAGUAUCAAACUAGUGAAUGUACAGAAAGAAACCAUACACAUAGCUACCUCAAAGAAUACUAAUAUGUGUAAUUUUAAUUAAUGCUUUUGCAAUGCUUUGCAAUACCUAAAUAUGUAUAAAGCCAAAAUGAAAACCUCAAGGUGCUUUAAAAAAAAAGAAAAUUAACAUUGUUGAUAAAAAGCUGCCAGCUUUAAUCUCAUGUUUGUUUACAUUAUGUUUGUUUUUGUGCGUAGUAUACAUUCUGUAUCUUAAUAGCGUGUAACAACUAGUCCUCCAUGGUGCAGUGGAAGAGUACUCGCCUGCAGAUCUGGAUGUCUUCAGUUGGAAUCCUUCUACUGGCUUAGUGUUUUUUUUCCUAGAAUGUUGAAAUUUAAGAAAUGUUUUGAUAAUACACAUUGACAGCAAAAAUACAACGUUUACAUGUUGAAAUAAGUGAUAAAUCUUAUUGCAUUGUUAUAUUAUAUUAUUGAUUUGACAUAUAGUGUUAUUUCUUAUUCUGAAAUAUUCGUAUUGACUUACCGGUCCAGCAUCUUUAAACAAUGUACGGAUCAACAUACAAAUGUACCUAAAUAGAAAAAUAACCUAAUCUGUUUAAAUAGCUUGGCAAAGUGAUGACCUGUUUUACACAAUGAAACACAUUUUUUGUAAUAUAGGUUUUAAACUGUUAAUUAUGGUUGUGGUAGAUGCAAUUGAGUUAGAGACUAAAAAUGAAAGUGGCAUGGCUUAUCUAAAAAUUUGUUGUCCAAUCCCUCCUAAUGUGCAGUUGGCAGAUCAUCACAACUUGUAAAUGAACAGUUUAUAUUGGAGAAUUAUGUGAACAAGUUAGAGUACAUAUUCCUGAAUAACAUGGUUGUCUUCGUUUAAGGGCUGAGUUUGUGUCAAAGUUUCUCUGUUAUGUAUGUCAUAGGAAUGUUUACUUAUACAAGGUAAUUGAUAAUUCUAAUAUUUUUCAUAUCAUUCUGGGAGUUUUCAAUCAGCAGUUUUUAACACAAAAAUCUAAUCUGUUGUAGUUAAAACUAUUUGUGAUUUGAACCCAAACAGGGCAUCCCUUAGCUUAGCUUAUUAUUUUUAAUGGCCCAUUUUCAACAUAUUGUUGGUAUUAAACUAGUAAAAUGGUUCAUUUAUGUUAUACUUUGAUAAUUAUUUGGUUGAGAAUAAUGGCCUUUCUAGAUCACAUGCCUCAAAGUGACAGGGUGAGCCUUUAGGCUCAGUCUUCAUGGUGCGUCGUCAAACUUUAUGCUGUGAACACAAGAGGCCAAAUGCUCUGCACAGCUGGGUCAGAAGAAUAAUUUUGAUAUCUUAGUAAAACCUUAUGAACACUGUAGUUGUCAAAUUUUGAUUGUAUCUUCACCAAACUACUGUAGUUGUCAAAUCUUAAUUGUAUCUUCACCAAUCCUUGUCAGAAUGUUUGUCUUAAUGAUAUGUAAACCAAGUUCUGACAUGGGUCAUCUGGGGCAAAAAACUAGGUCACCAGUUCAAUAAAUAUUUUAAUGAGUCAACAGAAAUUGUCAUUUGAGCGAUAUAGGGCUAUCUUGGCCCUCUAGUUUAUGUUGUAUUAAUAAGUAAAUCUGUUUGCUGUUGUAAACAAACUAAAGUGUUAAAUUUGUUCGAAUGAAAAUUGCAGACUUUGCAGUUAAUCUUAGUGCAUGGGCCAUCUUUUAUAGAAACGAUUUUUGCUUAAUAUGAUAGGGAUCUAUUUAUUAUGUUGACUAGAAAGCUUUUUGAUACAUAAAUAUGUCAAUUUUGCAUUAUGUUGCUUGACUUUUAAAUAAUUGACCCUUUAUAAUAUCACUUAACUACUAUAUAAUGGUUUUAAGUAUAAUGAGGAUUAUUUUUAUAAAAUCAUUUACUGAUAUUUAAAAAGGUGAGCUUUUAGAAUCAUUCUCUGUUUGGCAUCGUGCGUCAUCAGUCUUUACCUUGUGAACUCAAUUUUAAGCCUAAUUUUAGCAAAAAAGGGUCAAGAUGUUAAUAUUGACACAAUUGGACAAGUUUGAUAGUGGGCCAUUUGAGGUGAAAAAGUAGGUCACAAGGGCCAAAUAAGGGAAAAACAUUAUGAACACUUUAGAAAUCACUUUUUUGAUUGGAUCUUCAUGAAACUUUGUCAAAAUGUUUUUUUUCAAUAAUAUGUAGGUCAAGUUUGAUAAUGGGUCGUUUCCGGUCAAAUAUUAGGUCACUAGGGCAAAUUUCUGGAAAACCUUGUAAAUACUUAAGAAGUCACUGUUUCGAUUGUAUCUAUACCAAAUUUUGUCUGAAUUUCUACCUUAGCUAUAUGUAGGUCAAGAUCUGGGGUAAAAAAUCUAGGUCAUGCAUCAAAACAAAGUUUUAAUGAGUGAUUAGUGAUUGUCAUAUAAGCAAUAAAGGGCAAUCUUGGCCCUCUUGUUUCAUUAAGUGGAACUAAAACACAGAUUAACCAGUUAUUUUCUGAUGAUUCGUAUUUCUACAAUGUAGUUGAAUAACAAUUUAAGUCUGUUGUCGAUAUUGUUGAUGCAUGAUUUACAAUGUGUGUAUAAAAUAUUGUCAUUCAAGCAAGAUUUUUCAAUAUUUCAUGUUAAUAUUUAUAUCAAAUUCUAUAAAAUAAAACUACCGUAAGCAAUCUCUAAUUUAAACCUCUGUGCAUUUACUUUAUGACAAACAUGCUCACUAUUGUACUUUCUUUGUACUUAAGAAUAGUUGAGAAAAUACAAAUCAGAAAAUA